AGCAAGGACUAACAAUGUCAUCAGCAGACUUAAAACAAGUGUCGUUUCCACCGGAUGUUUUGGCGAGAAUAGCACCCGAUGUUUCAUUAGAAAGACAUUUGUCGCUUGGAAUAAGACCGAAUUUGCGUAAUUUCACUGAAUUCAAUUCCAUUGAUAUUAAAUCUAAUAAUCAGCAAUUGCAAGAAAAUUACAACAAUAUAUUUGCUUCUUCCAUUGUUAAGAGCGGGCCAACCACAAUCAUAAAUACAUUGACAUUGGGAGUUGUUGAAAAUUAUGGUCAGGAUAAAGACAAGUACGGAACAGUUUAUCCUGUAGUUGAAAUAUUACGAGGCAGAAUGGGCGGGGCACCAACCGAUGAAGAAAUGAUUCUUGGCCAAGAUUUAUAUGAGACUAUUUAUCAUUCCAAAUUGAUUCCCAAUGAAAGCUUACAAGUUAAACCUAUUGGAUUGGGUAUUAAAGAAGAAGAUGGUGAAACUAUUUAUUACCCUGAUUUACAAGAGGCAGAUUAUAUACCACAAUCCGAACAUGAAAAGUCGUAUUCAUUUGUGAUAUUAUCUUCAAUCAAGGUCUACUCCAAGCAUACCAGUACCAAUUCAUUAUUCGACUUGUGCUACUUGUCAUGUGUUGAUGCAUUACAAAAGUUGAAAUUGCCAAGGUUGUACAUUAUGGAUUCCAUUCAAACUAAAGUGUCAGUUAAACUGAAGAAAUCAACCACGAGAGGUUUAAUUUCUACUAAUAAAGCUGAGCUUAACAUUGAUACUGCCAACAAGCAACACUACUAUUCAAUUGAGUUAAAUAUUAAAGAAGGUUCAAUUAGUAGCAACUAUGGUAUUGUUAAGAGCCCAGACAACAAUGAUGAAUCAAUUUUGUUGACCGAUUUGCAAGGACAAGAAGAAGAACUGGCCAUAUUAUCUCGAAUGUCAAUCAUUACUAAUAAAACUGGCAGCAUCAAUCGGAUUAGUUUGAUUAAUGGUGGUGAUGGUGAUAUCUCACUUGAACUAUUACGUGAUGCUAUAGAAAUAUCUAAAAGAAGAAGCAAAGAAGGGGUUAUGUAGAAUAGUUAAAUAGUUUAAACCUCGGUAUUAAUAUAUCUGCUUGUUGCUUCCUGGAGCAGUUGUAUUCUUUUGUAGGAUAUCUUUGUUCCUUGAUUCCACAAAAUUAUUUUACCCACAGUUCUCAUGCUCAGUUUGUAUCUCGCUUUUUUUUUAAUUAUUGCCACUUGGUCAAACAUCACCAAACACCACCUGAUAAAUUUUUGCAACGGGGAGUACCAAAAUAUCAAUUAGUUCUUGACUUUUGAC